UAAUGCAACUAAUAACUGGCAUGAUUCAUUUGGUCACAGGGUGGGGUAGCAGUAGGUGGGGCUUUCCAAUUUUUCGUCAGUGUGUGUGGCAGACAUGAUAAAUGGGCUAUGAAAUUAUUAAUUUGUGUAUAUAGUUAAUGGCCGUGUUAUGGCCCAAUAAUAAAAAUAAUUGGUGAUGUUAUUGGCAUGCAUGCUACCGUCUGUGUUUGUAGGGCCGGUUCCACCUAUUGUCUUUAAGUGAAAGCUUGCCAAUCAGCAUUUACGUAUGGAAACGCUACCACACUUGGCGUGUGCAGCCUGAGAUGCUGCGCUUAGGAGCUGUCAUACAGCAGAAGGCAUGGCGAUAACGAUGGUCGGUCUGGUAGCUGGCUUAGCGAGAGCACAGCAACAGAUGCAAUUGUCAUCCUUCGUUCCGCAGUGCCAGUACGGCAAUCUGGAUUCGCUGAUGCAGGCGUCGACGGCAAGUAGACAACAGUUAGUGCCACAUAAGGACUUGCUUAUGACAGUGGUUUAUCAUCCGACACACUUAGGAAGUCCUUCGCUCUCUGUAGGUGCUAGGGUACGAUGGGGGCGUCAUUGGGGGCAGCAGUGCUUGUGUGCUCAAAGACACGAUCGUCGGCAGCAGUGCUUGUGUGCGCACAGACACGAUCGUCGGCAGCAGUGCUUGUGUGCACACAGACACGGUCGGUACCCUGUAUGGACCGAUUUCGAUCCAGAUAGCAGCCAUUCCCCAUCAAUGACGAUGGCUAUUUAUGAUCGGACUGUGGGGCUGAAACGAUGCAGAAGAGGCUGUUGGCCCGGCGGUCUGCCGACUGCUGCAUGCAUUGGUGUUGCUGUGCCUAGCGGUUUACGAGCAAGGAAGGUGUGUUUGUUCCACCGUCAGAAUUUGCUCGUGUCCUCCCCCGCAAAGCAGGCGUAUCUACCUAAUGGUGUGAUAGUGAGAGCUAGUGUUGGAGGCAGGGGACCGGAACUCCAGGAAACCGAGAUUGUUAUUUCGGAGACACGCCUAGGAGAAGAACUGCCUUAUUCUGUGAAACGCAAGUGCUCAGUACGCCAAGGCCUAGAUGGUCUACUCCAAUUUGAGGAGAUUGUUGACGUAAAGAAAGGAGAGGAGGAGAAAGGACUCGUAGGAACACAGAGGGGAAGAAGUAGGGAAGGGUUGGAGGGUGAUGAGGGUGAUGUGCCGGAGUGUGCGCAGGGCAAAAACUCCUCAUCUGCUAGAUCUCUUUCCGUCGACUCAUCCUCAACCCUUCUGUCCGCCGCCAUGCGUUUGCCGAGCAGUGUGCGGAAUUUUCUGCUGCCCUCGUCGUUUCCCGAUUCUGUGACCGAUGAUUACCUGACUUUCAUGGUCUGGACCUUCCCAACUCAUGUCACCGGUUGGGCUGCCCACGUUCUCGUCACUUCCAGCCUCUUUAAGGCGGUUGGGAUUGGGACAGGCUCCACUUCAGGAGCUGCAGCUGCUACUGCAGCUAUAAAGUGGGUGACGAAGGAUGGACUAGGUGCGAUAGGGAGGCUGCUGAUUGGUGGACGGUUCGGGGUACUCUUCGAUGAUGAUCCAAAGCAAUGGAGGAUGUUUGCAGAGUUUGUCGCACUGGUCGGGAACGUCCUUGAGCUGGCAACUCCUCUCUCUCCUAACAAUUUUCUCGUUCUGGCGGCUUCGGGACAUCUCCUGAAGGCAGUCGCGAGGGGACUGCGGGACCCUAGCUUCCGUGUCAUUCAAAACCACUUUGCGAAAAGAAACAACGUAGGCGAGAUAGCAGCAAAGGAGGAGGUGUGGGAGGUAGGGGCAGAGAUCGUAGGGCUUACCCUCGGAGUGCUGCUGCUUAAUACGCCAGGCGUUGCCUCCUCGUACUGGGAGCUUGCAGCAACCUGGGCUGCAAUUGCCGCUAUACAUCUCGUGCUGCGCUACAAGUCUCUGGAGUGUCUCUACUUCCCGUAUAUUAAUCGAAAGCGGGCGUCCAUUAUGGUGUCACAGCACUUGAAGGACGGGCGGGUACUGAGUCCAAAAGAGUGUAGCGCCGUUGAAAACUUUUUGGUACCCCUGAAAUACUCUUCCAUAGGAAUGCCAUAUGCAAAGAUUGGAAGCAACAUCGACGAGCUCGUUGAUGCGAUCAAUAGCGGCGCCGUUGGUGGGUCGCUGCUCGAUCUGCUGAAACUUUACUCGAACGAAAGGUACAUUUUAGUGUAUUCCAAGAAAAAAUCUCCCGAGCAGAGCGGUGAAAGCACAUACCUGGUGGCACUGAAGGAAGAGGCGAGCGAGGUGGAUAUUUUUCGAAGCCUUUGGCAGGUUGCCUGGCUUGCCAAACAUCUUGGCGUGUCAGUGCAGCACGUCCGUCAUGAUGAUGGUGCCUUGACGGCAGUGAGUUCCCCUGCCAAACUCGUUGGCAGCAACUUGAGAUACCAAAGCAAGCACAAGGUGAGCAGCGGGAGGCAUAACGACGUUAACGAAUCGCUAGUGAUUUUGAGAGCAUCACUGGAAGCACUUGAAGAGUCGUGGGAUGAAUUCAUGAAGGGCGUGGAGAAGCAUGGGUGGUCCCUAGAUCGAAUGUUCUUAACUCCGCCUAGCGGGUCACCCAUUCUGUCAGUCGACAUUCGUUCUCACCAGUAACUACAGAUGGCAUCAUUUUUUUUUUUUUUUUUUUUUUUAAGGCCCAGGCAGGUCUGCUAGRGRGGGGGGGGGGGGRGGKGGGGGUGAUAAGAGCAGCCUCCCCUAGUAGGCCCAUUCCUGGCUGUUCCGUCUCUUGAUAGCUAGCCCUUCCGAAACUUUUUAGGUGUUAUAUACAGGCUGUUAGCUCUUUUUUCCGAAACCCUCAGGAAAGAGGCGCUGUCGAGCAGGCUUCAGUUGAGAAGCUCGGAAAGAGUGGCGGAUACAAUGUAUAGCUUGUUUUGUCUUAUUAACUCUUGUUUAUUUAAUUGUUAAAUUAUUGUUUAUGUUUUAAAUAGGUGUCACUGUGUUAGUAUUGUGAAAUCACCCCGAGCUUCAAUUGGCGUGUUCGUUUGCGCACAGGGAGGCCAUCGUGAGGGGUAGUAACAGGCUUGGCCAAAGUUCAGCAUAGCGAGAUGGUUGGAAGGUACUCCCACAUUUUCAACGAAAAAAAAAAUGGGUGAGGCCUUCCGUUAGCAAACAAACAUCCCCACAAGUA